CUGUGAAUGCAUCGCAGUAAGCGCCUGACGUCACGUUAUGUUUGGCGCUGACAUUCGUGCAGCUGGUCUCCGGUCAGUGUCAAUGUGUUUACCAGGCCUGUAGGUUAACGCUGUUGACAGACCGCAAACUGAACUGAGAUCUGUAAACGGAAACGGAAACUGGAGCAGCGCACACCACGGUUCGCGCGUUAGUCCAAGCCGUUGGCGCCAACGAUACAACUGAAGGAGCUCUGACAGUGUUGAAGCGUUGAGUUGGCUGCGCAGCACAUAUUUUGCCAACGUUAUCUUAUUUUUCUUGGCUAGACCUCCCUCUCGCAGACAUGGCGAACCUCUCAGAGGGUGCGAUAGAGGCUCUUUCAAAUGGCAAUGGUGGUAACGACGCAGUGCUUCAGUUGGUGAACAUUCGCAAGAUUGACAGUGGAAGUGGUCCUACUCGCUUUCGGGUGAUGAUGAGUGAUGGACUGCACACUCUGUCUUCCUUCAUGCUCUCAACGCAGCUGAACUUCAUGGCUGAGGAGAACCUCCUGGCCCCGAACUGCAUCUGCAUUUUGAAGAAGCAUGUGACCAAUAUACUGAAGGACAAACGACGGGUGGUGAUCAUUUUAGAAAUUGAAGUCAUCAAGCCUGCAAAAGAUGUUGCUGGAAGAAUAGGUGACCCUACUCCUUUUGCUGAGGGUCAGAUCAAAGGCCCGCAGUCGGCACCAAACCCUGAAACCCGCCAACCACUACAGCAGCAAGUUAAAAAUGAAGUGCACAAAGGUUUCAAUAGAGACUUUGGGAAAAAGCCCCCAUCUGCUAUGCCCAGUACUCCAGGUGGCAGCUCUAAAGUUGUGCCCAUCGCCAGCCUCAACCCCUAUCAGUCCAAGUGGACUAUCCGUGCUCGUGUAACCAACAAGAGCAGCAUCCGUACAUGGAGCAACUCUCGUGGUGAUGGCAAACUCUUCUCCAUGGAGAUUGUGGAUGAGAGUGGAGAGAUAAGAGUGACUGGUUUUAACCAAGAGGUGGACAAGUUCUUCAGCCUGGUUGAGGUUGGCAAGGUCUACUAUGUCUCCAAGGGCUCCCUGAAGAUCGCCAACAAGCAGUACACAUCGGUGAAGAAUGACUAUGAGAUGACUCUCAGUGGAGAAUCCACCAUCAUCCCCUGUGAAGACAGCAGUGAUGUUCCGGUGAUGCAGUGUGACUUUGUCUCUAUUGGUGACCUGGAAAACCGCGAAAAAGAUUCCAUCAUUGAUGUGAUUGGAGUGUGUAAGAGUGUGGACGAAGUGACCCGCCUCACCACCAAGUCAAACAAGGAAGUGUCCAAGAGGACACUCAACUUGAUGGACAUGUCUGGAAAGUUGGUGACUGUCACGCUGUGGGGAGAGGAAGCAGAAAAGUUUGACGGAUCCGCACAGCCCAUUUUAGCCAUAAAGGGAGCGAAGCUUUCGGACUAUGGUGGCCGGUCCCUCUCGGCAUCCUUCAGCAGCACCCUGAUAAUCAACCCAGACAUCCCUGAGGCUUAUAAGCUCAGAGGCUGGUAUGACAAGGAGGGCCACGCCCUGGAUGGACAGUCUGUGACGGAGGUGAAAGGCAGCGGGGGAGGACUCACCAACUGGAAGACCCUGUCUGACGUUAAGACGGAGCACCUGGGACAUGGAGACAAGGCGGACUACUACACCUGCAUAGCUACCAUAGUAUACCUGCGCAAGGAAAACUGCCUUUACCAGGCCUGUCCCAGCCAAGACUGCAACAAAAAAGUGGUGGACCAGCAAAAUGGCAUGUUCCGCUGCGAAAAGUGUGACAAAGAGUUCCCUAACUUCAAGUACCGCCUCAUCCUUUCUGCCAACAUUGCAGAUUACGCAGACAACCAGUGGGUCACUUGCUUCCAGGAGAGUGCAGAGGCCAUCCUGGGCCAGAAUGCAGCUUACCUGGGGCAGCUCAAGGACUCGAACGAAGCUGCCUUUGAUGAGGUCUUCCAACAAGCCAAUUUCAACACUUUUGUCUUCCGCAGCAGAGUGAAGCUAGAAACAUAUAACGAUGAAUCCAGGAUCAAGGCUACGGUGAUGGAUGUCAAGCCUGUUGACCAUAAGGACUACAGCAAGAGGUUGAUCCUGAACAUAAGGAAACUGGCUGCUUAGAGGAACCUACGAUCUAUGAAAAGUAGUAUUAGUGCUUUUGCAAGUUUCCUUUUGUUUCUGUAUAGUCAACGUCAGCUCUAUAUGUGACAGUUUUGCUCACAAAGCAAUUGUUUAGGUUUUUGACUUCCCUGGAAUAAAUUGUCCUGAGAGUACUUGUGACUGUUCACCCUUUUCUUUGUCAAAUAAUGAUUACUGGCCUGAUUCUUUUUUUUGUCGGCGAACAUAACGGACACGUUUUCAUUUAGUUAUUUUGGGAAGCAGAGCAGAGUGACAAAGUAAAUCCUAACCGGCCGUCUUAAGUCAGUUGUUCUUUGACUGGUCAUGUGGUGCUGGUGGCUGCUUUAAGCACAAGACCAGCACAGUAACUCUUUUCACUCAACACAGCGAGGCUGGACCUGCACAUCCCUGAUAAGACCGCUUGCUCUCCCACUCUUUUGUGCCUCAUCCCUCACAUAAUAGAAGCAGACACGCAUGCACAGUGCAGACCUAGUGGGGAAUGUACUGUAGUCUAUUUAAGUAGAAACAAGAUGGUUUUCUUUCAAUGCCUUAACUGUUUUGUCUGUUCCUUAAUUGUUUUUUUUUUGUGAUGGUUGUGAGAAUAAAUAUGUUUGUAAUUAAGUUUUCUUUAUUUUAUUUUUUACAAUGCAUACUGUCAAAUAUUUUGUAUUGAUUCAGUAAUGUGUAAACUAUUGGUAUCCCUUUCAGCACCUCAGCCUAACUUGUGCCAAUUAAAAGCUAACCACAACAUGUCGGGUUUUCACUACGUUUAGAGGAUUUAUUCAAAGGCCGGCACACAAUGCCCUCUUAUCUCCUAGGAUUUUGCUCAGAUGUGCAACAGACUCUCCUGCAAACCUGACUUUCAUGUUGUAUUAAA